GAGGAAAUAACCAGGUAUCAACUACAUCACCGUGGAGUACUGGUUGUUUCAGGUAACCAUAAUCUUACAGAACCGACUACUAGAAUUUUUGCCUACGCUCUGAAUUAACUAACUUAGGAAAAGGUCAGACACGCAAAGACUCUUAGUAGAAGGAAUUUGACACAGAUUUCUCUCCUCUUUACAUGAAUUAAACAGCUUGUAUCGGAAAUCUUAAAGUUCAUCAGAUAUUGGAUGUGAUAUCACUUGACCUUGGGGACAGUUUAAAACGUUUUCCCACGUUUGGUUGUAUUCACGUGUUUAAAACGUUUUUCCAAGGGGAUCGUUCAAAGUCCGUGAUACCAGUCAAUUUUCUCUGUGAUUAUGCCUAUUCGUAAGGAGACUACUCGUCACCACCUUAGGGAAAUAACACAUAAGGAGAGAAUUCAGAAAGCUAAAGAACGUAGAAUCAAACGUAAACAAAGGAAGGAAAGUGGUACACCUGCAGGAAUUCCUCAAACUCUUGAAUCACUUCGGACGGUGGAUGAAACUAUUGUUCCAAGGAAUGAUGACGAAGUGAUAAUCGAACAUGAAACAGAUGAGCUUUCACCUAUUUUCAAUGGAGAAGUAACUCCGAAAAUUUUACUGACUUAUUCUGAUCGUGUUUGUCCCAGGACUAUUGGAUUUUGUAAAGAACUUAGCAAGGUUAUUCCAAAUGUUCAUGUUACUGCGCGUUGGCAUUUACCUCUGAAGAAAAUCAUACCUUUAGCCAUUGAACGUGGAUUCACAUGUUUGUUAACUGUAAACGAAGACCAAAAGAAGGUCAAUACUGUAGUUAUUAGUCAUUUACCUAACGGACCGACGGCUACAUUUCGUUUAACUAAUGUGUUACUUCGUCGAGAAAUGCGUUCCAAUCGAAAAAAUAAAUAUAUUGAGUCUAAUGUUAUACCUCACUUGAUUACUACACGUUUCAUGACACGUCUUGGUCUUCGCACUGAACGUAUUUUAAGCGGAAUGUUCCCACAUAUAAGUCGCCAACCACCAGAACCACAUAGUAGAACAAUUGUUUUUCACAAUCAAAGAGAUUACAUCUUUUUCCGUCACUAUCGUUAUAUUCAUCAAAAUACUGGUGUUAACGAGGAUAAAAAUGGCGAGAAUGAGCAUAUCGUAAUGAAUGAAGUUGGACCAAAGUUCACCCUUAAAUUACGAUCAAUUCAGUUGGGCACUUUUGAUAGUCAAUUCGGCAGCUAUGAAUGGGUACGUAAACGAACCGAAGUUGGCAGGAGUCGACGAACAUUUGUUUUAUAAUUGAUGAAUGGUAUAUCUGCUGUAAAUAUAAUUGUAAUUUGUGAAUGACUUUUGCUUUAUAAAAAGAAUUAUUCAGAGUCUAUAAAUAUACACUAAAAAUAGA